AUGUGCAUGCGCGCGUUAGGGUCUCGACUUGCGACGUCCACAUCUAGGCAGCACAAGGGUGCAGCGGACACCGUGUAUGCGGGCGAGACGUACCGCAUCAGGAUAAGGUUCCCGGCAAACUAUCCCAUUGAGGCUCCCGAAGUCGUCUUCGUUCCGACGGCGCCGCUACACCCGCACAUUUAUACGAACGGACACAUCUGCUUGUCGAUCUUAUAUGAUGAGUGGAGCCCAGCGCUGACCAUCCAGAGCGUAUGUCUCAGCAUUCUGUCUAUGCUCUCCAGCUGCACAGCCAAGGAAAAACCACCGGACAACGACGCGUACGUGAGGAAGAUUGGUCGCGGCUCUCCCAAGACGACCAUCUGGGCAUUCCAUGACGAUACCGUUUGAUAUCCAGUCAACAGUCUCCGCUCUCGUGCGGUGGCCUUCCGUGGUCGUGGUCAUAGCGGUGGAAUUAGUCUUUGCCCGGCCUUGUCGCCCACAACCUGCUGUAUGUGGGGCGUUCUUCGAAGAGUCCGGGGUGGGGGGGGGCUUGGUGCGCUCUUGUUCGUGCGGCCUAAACUGGCGCUUCGGACGGCAGCAGCACGGGCGUCUCUUUCUCUCCCUCUUUGGAAAGUAUCUUGGCUUCUUUUUCUGUGUGUGUUCGUUUGUGUUGUGUGCUACUAGCACAAGGCCGCCGCUGCCGCUGCCAGUAGCUCCGUUGCUGUAGCUGGUUUUUCAGAGAAGACACAUUGCUGCUGCUGUGGGGUGCGAUAACUAACGGCGUCUUGGCGGCUGGCUGCGGAUGGAUACCUUGCGUGUUUGUCGCUCUUGCGCUGCUGGGGGGUAGGUGGGUGGAUGGCAUCAUGGCGUAGGGAGGGGCAGAGAGAAUCUUGGUGUGUCUGCACACGCGGCGCGAGGGGGGGGG